UAGCGCUACUCUGAGGUAAAGCCAGAAGAGCCGGGAUUUCACCCGUGUUUGUUAUCGAGCUCGUGGGGUUUUUUUUCCUUCUUAGAUACGGUCUCGGUGGAGUUUAAAGCUGAAAAGAUCACAAGACACAUGAGACACGGAGGACGGAAGAGCGCAUGAAGGUCAGUGUUAUGCGGUUGCACACCGGACACCGGAGACGCUGCGUUUGUGCUCGUGAACAUCACCCGGCAUCUCGAGCUUAAAGAAAGGGGAACGCACCGAAUGCGUGGACGUUAAUUUCCGCCUCCUUAAUUCGGUUGUAUUUUUGGGACGUUAGUUAAAUCGGAUCACGGCACCGUAUCCGCUUAAACGUUAGAUAACCGACUACUUUAUCACCGUCUCGCGCGCAGGAUGAUGCAAAUCUGCGACUCGUGCAACCAAAAGAACUCGCUGUUCAGCGCGAUGACGCGCUUCAUCGGCGCCGUGAACAACAUGGACCAGACGGUGAUGGUGCCCAGCCUGCUGCGGGAUGUGCCCCUGGACGACGCGGUGGGGGGCGAGGUGAAGAGUCCCGCGCGCGCCGCCGCGACCGGCAACGCCGUGCACCCGGUGCCGGCCGCGUACUUCCGCACGGGCGACAUGUACGGCUACUACGUGCUGCUCAAGUCCAUCCGCAACGACAUCGAGUGGGGCGUGCUGCAGGGCGACGAGCGGCGCAAAGACCCCGCGCGCCUCGAGCCCGACGGCGAGGACCUCGAGCAGCUCUUCCGCUUCCACCUGAACGGCCUGCACGCCGUGCUCGGAGAGCUCACGCGCAAGGCCAACACGCUCACGAACCGGUACAAGCAGGAGAUCGGUAUCGGCGGCUGCGGGCUUUGAACUCACUCACUCACUCACUCACUCACGCACAAAUACUUCUCUAAUAUCCGUUAUUAUAAUUUUUUAGUUCAAAGGAAAAAAAAUUAACCGUUUAUAACUCUUAUUUCUACCGCACCUUUAUUGUUUGUUUAUUGUUGUUUUUUUGACGGACUACAUCGGCUCGGGACGACGCACGUGCUUAAUAUAUAUGCAGCGUAUUUAAUAUGCAAAUGGAGAUGUGUGACACGGAGGACAUGGACGGAGACGAUCACAGUGCAAAGCGCUUCUAAUCACCUUCAACACCAGGCCUUAAAUCAGUGAAGCGGAAUCCAAUGAUCAUUCUAUUUAAUAGGAUGUUGAGUGAUUCCUGGAGAUGAACUAACUGCAGCAUGUAAAAAAUAAAAGCAAGAAUGUAAUGUAAAAAAAGAAAAUCAUGCGUAAUGUGUAUAAGGCUUGUCCUGUUUCUGUUUUCUAUCUCAAAGCUGAAAAAAAAAAAGAAUAAAUUUUUGUAAAUGUUA